AUGCAGGAGUUCUUACGGAGAGUGCUAAAAGCCACGAAAGAGGUGUUCCCUAGAGGAACAACGUUUGAAUUGGGAUUCGAAGAUGGGCAGUUGCUCACAGCCAGCAGCUGGCUGCGACUAAUGAAUUCGAGGGAGUUCUCCGAAGUGACAUUCAAUUUGUCGCUUACGAGUGAGCUGGACGACGACGAUGAUUCCGACAACGGCUCUGACCAGAGUACGCUCUCUCCACCCAUGAAUCCACCAGCACGGCCUACGACUGUGUCGAGGUCUAUGCUAGAAACGCCUUCAGCCAGACAACCAAGCCGUGGGAGGUCCCGCGAAACCGCACGGACCGAGAAAAAUACGGUCGGAAUAGACUCUGAAACUCCAGGUCAGGCUGAGAACCCAUUGAAAAAAUCUUGCCCUGAGACUCUGGAGCCUCAGCGCAAAUCAAUGGGUUAUCCGGGCUCCACAGACGGCGAGCCGAACUUGCCACCCUUCUUCACAUGGCUGCAGUCAUCAAGAAGAGAUCAACUCGACUCCGAGAAUUCCAAGCUUCAAGCCGUUGAGAGUCUCCUGCAAAGUGUUGAUCAGUCUAUGAAGGAUCGAGACGGGCUUUACAAGGCCACUUUUCAUCGCAAAUUGCACAACCUCCGUAAUUGGCACCAGUCUUGGGCCAUUCCCAUCAGUGAGCGUGGAAAAAGGUCAUCGUCGGAACCACAGCCUGCUUCAGCUGCGUCCAUUCGCAACUUUGAAGCCUCGAAGGAAACUGAAAGCCAGCAACAAUCGCAGACGAGUCCAAGCCAGGUAUAUUCGUCUCGGAAGUCUUCAUACCACAGACCGUCUCUCAGCUCCCCAAAGAUCUUUUCUACGAGCUUCGACAAGUUCCGACGACCCCACAGACCGAAAUCGGCAAUGGGGAAGCUUCUGGCGAACACGAACCCUCUGCUGUUCCGCCUGGUUUGGGAUAGAGACACCGUUGCAGAUAUCCCCGGAGUGGUAUCCGACGUUCAAGAUGUAUCUAACCACAUUAGGGAGAUGGUCUCGAUCUUGAACGAUACAGUGGAUGUGUCAAGCACACUCCUCAGGCUUUUCGUGCCUCUCGACGACCACGAAGAUAAUGACUUUGUACAGAAAUAUUUCGGCUCGCUGGACCAAGUCUUGAGACAUCCCGAGUUCUCGUUGGCGAUGAAUAACACAACAGACCACCCAGACCAGUGGUCAAUAGGAGACUUCACAGCGGAUAUCUCCAGGAAAAUGGGCAAUGCUCUCUCAAUUCUGGCCCAAGCCUCGUUUAAGAGCUCGAAUCGGAGCAACGAAGGGUCACGGUGGAAUCGCCUCAGAACGACCCUACGGGAUCCUAACGAUGCCAAUAGUAAGCUCAUAACCAAGCGAUUCGAGAAAUUCAAGACAAGAGCCCUUGACUGUCUUGACAGAGCUCAGAAGGAUAUCAUUCUGUUCAGCUCGACAGCGCAUACCGGGGGCGUCUUUUUGAGGCCCAUUGGCCGCGAGUUCUUGGUUGCUGCCAUACUCACCAAUCUUCAAAACCAGCUAUACGACGAAGGCAUGCGUAGGCGGCUAUUCUUUGAGAUCAAGGCGGUCGGGUUAGAGCUUGACGCACUACGCAACAUCUUCAAGGACCAACUCAGCAUGUUCCGGAAGUACGUGGCAAUCCUCAACCCUAGAUCAUUGCGAAUCCCCAACGAGGAUCGAGACAGGCAGUUAAUCCUAGAAGCCGAUUAUAUCCAGCGUCAUCUCCAAGCGCUGAACGCAAAAGACGACGAACUCCGCUACCUCCAACUGCAGGCGAAAGACCUCAAGUUACAAGUCAAACAGAGCAUCGAGAUCCUGGAAGAGGAUCAUGGGAAGGCUAUUUUCACCAUCGUUACUCUGUUCUUCCUCCCAAUAACAUAUCUGACUGACACUCAAUCACUCAAGGUCGUUCACAACCAGCUUCCUGGGGAUGAACACAACAUAUAUCAGGGCAUAGACAAGGACCAAAAGUUCUUCUGGACGAUAUCAAUCCCAAUGACAGCGACAGUCGUGGGACUCGCAUUGAUCUACGGAUACAAGUGGGACUCGGUGCUCGACUUCGCUUCAACAGCCUGGGAAGUCUUCCAGAGGAGGCGCGAGGGAAAGCAGAAGGCUACUGGUCUUGAUACCCCAGAGCUGUACGAGACCCGGCGUCGCGAUGACCGAGUUAGCUCCACUCGGAGCAUAUGGUCGGUAGGGACCUCCCGCCAACGGCCGGGUCUACUCAAGGGUGGAGAGGUCUGA